AAUGUGUCGAUGUGAGGUGUGGGUGUAAUUGCAGUGUUUCUCCCUGCUUAGGUAUGACUUCUACGGUGGUGAUUUUCAUCCUGGCGAUAUCCACGGGCACCCUAGCAUUGGACAAUGGCUUGAUGAGGACCCCACCCAUGGGCUGGUUGGCAUGGGAACGCUUCCGCUGUGACAUCGACUGCGAUCAUGAUCCAAAGAACUGCAUCAGUGAGAACCUCUUCAUGGACAUGGCAGAUCGCUUGGCGGAGGAUGGCUGGCGAGAGCUGGGCUAUGAGUACGUCAACAUAGACGACUGCUGGGCCUCCAUGGACCGCGAUGCCAACGGACGCCUACAGCCUGACCCCAAGCGGUUCCCCCGCGGCAUGCCUCAUCUGGCCCGUUACGUGCACGACCGUGGCCUAAAGCUGGGCAUCUACGGUGACCUGGGCACCCACACGUGCGGCGGGUACCCCGGCACCACCCUGGAUAAGGUGACCACCGACGCCCAGACCUUCGCCGACUGGGGCAUCGACAUGCUCAAGCUGGACGGAUGCUACUCCAACGCCACCGAGCAGGCACAGGGUUAUCCACUCAUGUCGCAGGCCCUCAAUGCUACAGGCCGCCCCAUUGGCUACUCAUGCAGUUGGCCCGCCUACCAAGGUGGACUUCCCCCUAAGGUGAACUACACUCAGCUGGGGGAGAUCUGUAACCUGUGGCGUAACUAUGGCGACAUACAGGACUCCUGGUCCAGUGUUCUGAGCAUCGCUGAUUGGUUCUUUGACAACCAGGACAUUCUUCAGCCUGCCGCUGGACCCGGACGCUGGAAUGACCCAGACAUGCUGAUAAUUGGAGACUUUGGUCUGAGCAUUGACCAAUCGCGUUCUCAGAUGGCGUUGUGGGCCAUCAUGGCGGCUCCCCUUUUCAUGUCCAAUGACCUGCGGAACAUUGACAGCCGCUCCCGCGCUGUGCUGCAGAACAAGGGUGUCAUCACCAUAAAUCAGGACCCCAUGGGUAUCCAGGGCAGACGCCUGAUCAAGGAGAAGAGUGGCGUGGAGGUGUUUUGGCGCCCCUUGUCUAGGGGUGCAAGCGCAUUGGUGUUCUUCAGCAGGAGAGAGGACAUGCCUAUCAGAUACCAGACCUCCCUCAAGAAGCUCAACUACAAACCCGGAGUAUACGGGAUUUAUGAUAUUUACCAGGAGAAGGCCCUCUCCCCCAUUAAGGAUGCCUCAGACUUCGUGGUGUCAGUCAACCCCUCUGGUGUAGUCAUGUGGUACGUGUAUCCUCUCAAGUCGAUGCACAGAGACUUCAAGCUCUAUGGCCCCGCCCUACAUCGCCCUGGUAACCCUUUUGCCCCGCCCACCAACAACAACUUCUAAGUGCCUCAGUCUCUCAGGAUACAGUUUCUCGAAAGCAUCGUUGCUAACCAGUUACAGCAACUUUGUUUGGAUGCCUAUGGGAAAUUGCAUUUGCACCCAAGUAAGUUGCUAACUUAAGUUGCAACGACGCUGAAGAGAAAUGCGUCAUUCCUCCUGUUGUUUGCUCAGGCCUAACUUCCUCAUCCGAGGUUUGCCAUUUUGACUUUUGACAAGUCAACGUUACUUUUUACGUUAACUUUACUUUUGCCACUGCUCUUAAUGAAAGCAUUUAAGGUUUCCUUGCUGUCAAACAGUGCAGAAUAAAAUUCUUGGGGGUUUUCCAACCUUUCAAUAUCCCGAUUGCAAAUGAGUGAGUAACUUUUGACUUAUGCUUUUGUAAGAGAUUGAAUGGAAAAUCUUAUUACAUUGAGAUGUCAUCAAAGACAAGGUCGUAGGCCAGAGAAAACAACUGCAGGAAUGAAUAGAUAAGCAGCCACAGUGAUGGCAUCAAGGUCGCUAAUGUUUGAUGAUGUCAUAUGUGAUCUCAGGUUUUAUGGUUUUAAAUGUUUAAAUGUUUACACUGCACUUAAUGAUUGUGGACACUGCGGCCUGUGAAAGGACUGCACUGGAAAUCUCUAUGGGAAAAUUGUACUGUUUUGAUGAUUGAUGUAUUGUUUGAUUUUACGUUUUUAUUUGCACAGCUGUUUGAUAGUGUCUGACUUUGUAUUUUUGUCAAUUCUGUGAUGAAUGUGGGAGCUUUUAUGCAGACUCCAGUGAAGGGCUGGAUAAUGUGAUUGUGGCUAGUGUGUAGUGUGCACUGCACACACAGUCUAAAGGCCCAUUCACAUCUACAACGAUAAAUAUAAAGAGGACAGCCGAUUCGAGAGUUACAGGUCUGAAUCUGACCCUUACCUUUCCCUACACCUCCACCCAUGGCUGAAGUGCCCUUGAGCAAGGCACCUAAUCCUGAGAUUACAUGGAUUGUAACCAUUACAGUGAAAAUAGCUGUAAGGCACUUUGGAUAAAAGCGUCAGCUAAUUGUCAUGUAGUGUCAUGUAAACGAUAGCUACGACUAUAAAGAUAUUUCAAUUUACACUGGCUAACGAUAAUAUCUGUUUCUCAUGAACAUCCUGAAGCAAAAGACAUGAUGUCUGUACAUUCUAAAGAACUCUGCUUGCCUGACAUCUUUUUAUUGUUCAGUGAUCCCAAUGUUAUCGAGAAGCCUUUCGUUAUAGUAGUUGAUAUGUAGAUGGCACCAUUAACUAGAUCGGAAAUGAUUUUCAAAAGUUGAAGUUGUGAUUAUGUAAUGCAAAUUAUGUCGUUGAACUUGAUGUUGUCAUUAUAGUUUCUGUGUUUAACUUGAAGUUGCGGUUAUCUUUAAAGUUAUCAUUGUAGAUGUGAACGAGCCUUUUCUCCUUUGCUUGAAUCCUCCACUAUGUAAUGCAUAUGUCAGUGCCAAUCUGAAUACCAGCAAUUAAAAUGAAUCUUCUAUAUA